AUGUCCGGCCAGCCCCUCUUUCUAGGCCGAUCUGGCAACCCCGACGACUCGAUCGAUGCCUCGUUUGCCUCGAUGCCAGACGUCAAUAUGGACCCCUCGUCCGAGCCGGACCUCGACACGGCCGCAGACGGCGACGGCGCCAUACAGGGCGAGGCUACCGAUGCCAUCGAAGCCGAGGAUGCCUCGACACAGCCCGCCUCGCAGGCCUCGACGUCUGCCUCGAACCACACCGCACCCCUGUCGCAGGACGACCUGCCACCCGACUCGGACCUGGUCGCCUCGCUGCCCGUGUACCUCUCCAACUCGCUGCUCGACACGUCCUCGCUCCACCUCUUCCAGUACCCCGUCUUUCCGCGCGAACGGCCGCUCCCCGUGCCGUUCUCGGCCGCAUCGCGCGGCCUCAAGGUGUCGAGCCGGUGGAGGCCCAAGGCGAACCGCGUCGAGGUCGACCUGCCUCUCGACGUUCGGGAGGAGGUGUACAACAUGGACAAGGGCGCAGACUUCGGUGUCGGUGCGGACCUUGUCGCGCAGAAGCAGGCCAGGAUCGACGCCGCCUACCAGGGCUCUGCGGCAGCCAGCGGCUCCGGCAGCGGCAGCAGCGGCUACGUCAAGAAGGAGAAGCAGGAAGAAGAGAGGCUGCAGCGCGAGAGGGGUCCCAAGCGGCUGGACAAGACCAGGCUGGACAGCGUCGACGUGCCCAAGGUGACCAACUACAUGGUCGGCGUCAUCCGCGAUCAGGCGUUGCAUCUGACGCCGUUGAGCUCGGUGGUGCAGCUGCGUCCGUCGAUGCACUACCUGGAUGCGCUCGACGAGGCGCGGGAGGCCGAGAAGCGGCGGGAUCGCGCUGCGGCGGCGGGAGAGGCCGGGUCCGACGACGACGACGACGACGACCUGAUUGAGAUGGAGGCGACCGGGCCGGGAUCGACGCGCAAAAAGGCGGCCAAGAAGGAGGACAAGAAGCCGGCGGCGCAGACGCUGAGCGUUGCGAUGCGCGGCGACCCCAAUGCGGCCAAGGGCGGUGCGGGCGGCGGCGGCGGCGGUGGGGGGUCAGAGGGAAGGGACCACCUGAUGGCUGCGCAGCGCGAGGCCGACGCCGAGAGGUGGAUUGACCUGGAAUGGCGGGACGAGGAGUCGGCCGAGGCGCAGGAGGCGUUCCAGGCGCAGCUGUUUGCGGGCAGCAAGAAGAAGCUCGUGUGCCAGACCAAGCCGAGGGAGUACCUGAUCGAGGUCGAGCCCUAG